AGUUCUUAGAAAAUGGUUCCAAGAUGUCACAACGUAUGCUGGCAAUUUGCCAUAUUUCUGUUUCAGUUUCUGAAAACAGCAGCGGCAGCAAGAUCAAUAUGUACGCGCUCUUCGUUUACUAUGUUUAAUGACGUGUCAUUUGUGUUAAACAUCUGAAUUUAUUUUCGGUUGGGUUUGCUUGCGGGGACUACUAUCGUAAAAAGUAUCGGCGUUCAAAUUUCUAAAAAUUGGCUUAAUUUUAGCACAUAAUGAAGUGGCCAUCGAUUUCUUUUAUCUUGUCAGGGAUAUUUGUUGCAUAUGUUGGAUACUCAGUUUGGGCAAUAGCUGCGUUAUUUGUACCCCCACAAUGCAAUAUAGGAGAGGUGUGUUUUAAAUCCUUCUUGCACAGAAAGCCCAAUUUGCAGUUGGUGUUAUUUACUUCAGUGAAGCCAGUUCCCAGAGUACAAAAUGAUGUGACGCUAGUUGAUGUCCAACCAGAUUUUGAUUACAAUUCUCCAUCUGAAAAGACACUGACUAUUGGAAUCCCCCGCUCCACAAGACAAAAUGGUAGUCUGUAUCUACACUUGUUCACAUUUCCUCGUCCAAAAUAUCAACCAGGUUCUCAAGUGUGGGACUUCUGGAAGCUGGCACAGGACCGAUUGUCAGUGUAUAAAAGGAUAGUACUGACGCAUUAUCAUGUUCCUGAUGCAACUACAUUCAGACUUCUAGGGGGUGAUGGCAGCAGUAAAGAUGAGAAACGAGCACAAGGCAGGCCAGCUCUAGAUGUACGGUCGCAGCGAGUGACUCACCUCAAGUCCCGUGUUACAUUCAAUAUCCUUACUGAUGAUAUCAGUAUACCAAGAAGAGACGUGCCUCCUGAAAUUGCACCCUUGCUGAUUGUGAUAUCUGAAAUGGAGUAUCUACCUCUGGUACAUUACGAUAUUCUCAACAGUCGUCUCCGAGACCUGAUCCACAUUACAAGCAAUCAUUCUGUUGCAGACGUAAAGCUUUUAUAUUCUCCCAUCAGCUUUGGGCAGCUCAGAUUAUAUCUUCAUGUUGGAACUGCAUUACGAUCAUUCCUCUCCUUCGGGUUCAGCGAGAGAGAUGUGGAUGAGAUGAAGAGCAUCUUUGCAGAUGCCAGUCUGUAUCUGUUAUGCAUCACAAUCUGUGUUGCAGCUCUCCAUCUCUUAUUCGAUUUCCUGGCAUUCAAGAAUGACGUGAGCUUUUGGCGUCAUAAGCAGAGCUUCGCGGGUCUGUCCACCCGGACAGUGGCAUGGCGAGCUUUUAGCCAGGCAGUUGUUUUCCUGUACCUGAUAGAUGAGGGUACGUCGCUCUUAGUUCUUGUGCCUGCAGGCAUUGGCACUGUGAUAGAGUUCUGGAAGAUGCAGAAGGUUGUGCAAAUAAAGAUACUGAUGCCAAGUCAACUGUGUUACUACCCGAAGCUAAGGUUUGUGUCGAAGGGGUCCACUGUAGCAGAGCAGCAGACACAACAGUUUGACGCAGAAUGCAUGAAGUACCUUUCUUACCUACUCUACCCUCUCUGCUUUGGUGGAGCCAUAUACUCUCUCCUUUAUGAACCACAUAAGAGUUGGCUCUCAUGGAGUAUUCACAGUUUGGUGAAUGGUGUGUACGCCUUCGGAUUCCUCUUCAUGUUGCCUCAGUUGUUUGUCAACUACAAACUAAAAUCAGUGGCUCAUUUGCCCUGGAAGGCCUUCAUGUAUAAGGCAUGCAAUACAUUUAUUGAUGACCUCUUCGCAUUUAUCAUCACCAUGCCUAUUGCUCACCGAGUAGCCUGCUUCCGUGAUGACAUAGUAUUUCUCAUCUAUUUAUACCAGAGGUGGCUGUAUCCUGUGGAUAGGUCACGGACAGAUGCCAUGGACCAGCCAGGACAGGAUAAGAAGAAUGACUGACGGGUGAAUGUCUGUAAUGCCAACAGCGGUGACCGCUCACCAAUUAGGCCAGUUGGAGCAGUUUUACAACUGACGUAUUAACUGAAUUCAUGCAUAUAAAUUGACAUAUAUAUAUGCAUGAAUAUGAUAUAGGCCUACAGAUGAUGUGUGAUGAGUAAUUCACAAAAACAUGUUUCCAGUUUGUUUCCGGUUUCCAGAAUGUGAAAAGGGUGUUUUCAGUAGCAGCCUUGUUAUUAUGUUGUCCUGUCAAUGAAAAAGUGCCCUAGUUGAGGAGGUAUUUUAUAGGUGCAGGGAGUGGUGAGGCAUGAAGAGGGCUCUGGAGAGAGCUUACGAGGCAGGGCAUGUUUUCCUAGAAUUGUACCU